AUGGCGUCAAAGAAGAGUUUUCUCACAAAUCAAAGUUACAUUUUUUCAAAUAUCAACAAAAAAUCCUCAGAAGAAGAGAGUAUGUUUGAGUUUGAUGAAGCUGAGUUAUAUGACUCUUGCACCCCUCCAAAGAAAGGCGGUGGCAAUAGCAUUACCGGUUUGAAGAAACCAUCAAGGAAGAAUAUCGAUGGUAGAGUAAGCAAAAUAGGCCCGGCUUCAUUGCCAGUGAAUAUACCUAACUGGCCCAAGAUCUUGGAGGAAAAACAGAAGAAGAAGAAGAAGAAGAAUAGAAAAUGGGAGAGUUAUGGUGAUGGUGAUGAUGAUGAUGAUGAUGAAGAUGAAAGUGAUGAUGAGAGGGUACCUCCUCAUGAGUAUCUAGCUAGGACUAGAGGUGCUUCUUUGUCGGUGCAUGAAGGGUUUGGGAGGACCCUCAAAGGUAGGGAUUUGUGUAGUGUUAGGAAUGAAAUUUGGAAGAGAGUUGGUUUUGAAGAUUAA